AUGAGAUUAUACUUAUAUACUUGGAAUAAUGGUAUUAUUAAGGAAGUGGAGAAUUAUGAAAAAAUUAUUGAUACAACAUCAAAAAAUUAUACUUUAAUUGAUGGUUGUUUAUAUGAUGGUGAAAAUAAAGUUUUUACUGAAUUACCUAAAAUAACAUCAUUUUAUUCACAUUUGGGAAAAGUUUUUUUAUUUAAUAAAGAAAUGAAUAAAAUAUUUUAUUGGAGAAAUGAAAGUUGGAAUGAAAUUAUAUUAUUGAAAAAUAAUAAAAAAAAUGUUCAUUGUAUAGAUCAUGAUAUAGAGGAAAAUAUUAUUUUUAUAAAGAAACUAGUUAUAUCUAAAGAUACAGGUUGUUGUCUUGAUAAGUAUGGUAAAUUAUGGAGUUUUGAUAUUGAUAAAUUGAUUACCAAUACAAUUAUUGAAUGUAUUUUUAUUAACUUUGGUAUUGAAAGAUCCGUUCUCGAUUUAGUUAGUGGUAAUAAUCAUUUUAUAGCAUUAGUUGGAAAAGUAUUAAAUGAAGGAGUUUUUAAAAUUGAUGAUAAUAAUAUAAAUGUUGAUUAUAAUGAUUUUCCAAAAUCUGAAAAUAUUAAUCAAACAAUUGAAGAAUCAAAAGAAGUUAUAGAAAAUUUAAAUGAAAAUAUUAUAAAUGAAAAAGAUAAAACAAUCCUUCGUCGUGAAAGUGAGCGAUUAUUUUCAUGGAAACCAUUUUCAAAUAAAAAACAAUUUGAACAUCAUAGUACAACUGAAUUAGCAAUAUCAUAUCAACUUAAUGAAAUAAAUUUUGACAUGCCAAAAGAUGUCAAUCGUUUUACGACACAAUUUUGUUUUGUUAAUUUACAAAAUAUUAUUAGAAAAAAGAAGGAAUCAUUUUUAGGUAAUUCUGAAGAUUCUAUAUUUAUACCUGAUAUCAAAAAAAAUAAUGAAGAUAAAAUUAUAACAGAAAUUUUUUCCUGGGGUAAUAAUGAUUUUGGACAAUUAGGUUGUGGUGAUAAAUUUCAUCGUGAUACACCACAAAAAAUUAAUGGAUUUGAGGAUAAAAAAAUUAUAAAAAUAGUUUCUGGUAGUGAUCAUUCUUUAGCAUUAACAGCCUCAGGGCAAUUAUAUGUAUGGGGUUCUAAUAUAAAUGGUCAAUUAAAACAACAAAACCAAGAAUUUUUUUUAACACCAUUUCUUUUUAAAGUUGGAUAUAGUAAUCAUAUUAUUGAUGUUGAUGCUAGUCAGGAUUGUACAGCUCUUCUUAUUGGAAAUACUACAAGUGAAGAUAAAUAUAUUAUUAUCAGUGGUUAUGAUCGAAAUACUAAACAAGUUAAUAUUAAGUAUUUAAAAGGCGUUUCUGGAAUAAAUAUUGAACCAGGAAUAGGGAUAUUUAUAAAAUCAUGGUUACAAACAUCAAAGAUUGUAAUCGUGAAUAAUUGUAUAAAAUAUUUAUCUAUGAUAGGAGAUUUAACUCGAAUUAGUGGAUGUAUUUAUGAAAGGUUUAAAGAUAAAGUAGAAUUUAUUAAUGUUAUCAAAAAUUUAAAAUCAAAUUUAAAAAAACUUGCCAUUAAUAGUGGUUAUAUUGUUGGUAACCUACAUAAAUAUUUAAUAAAUGGAAUAGAUUUUAAUGAUAAGAUUGUUGAAGAAAAAAUGGCCAAUGAUGAAUUUUUAAAACUUUUAAUAGAUUAUUAUUGGAGUGUAAUACAUUGUUAUACUUGUGGAGUUUUUACAAAUUUAACUUUAGGAGAUGAAAAUGAUAGUAUCAUUGAAAGAUUGUGCCAUGAUUAUUCUAUUGUAUCCAGAAAAAAACAUAUAAAUUUAAAAAAGAUAUUUCAACUAGCAAGUAAUCAACUUCCUUUUAGAAAACAGGAUUCAUGUGAUUUAAAAGAUUUGGAUAAUGAAAACUUGAAACAUGAUUUAUAUAUACAGAGAACGUUAAUUAUUUGUGAGUAA